AUGGCCUCCCCAUCAUCUAUCAACACACACGACCAUAAUGAAUCCGGUUGGCAGUAUAGCUCGAGAACUGCCAAGCGACGUAAGCGAGCCUCAACCACGGAGACUUCCAGGCCAUCUCCACGUGAAAUUGGCUUCAUGAGAGAGUCUCAAAACAAUAGUUCUGCUAGCUUUAUCGGAAGCUCCAGCGGCAUUCAUUUCAUACGGCAUGUUCAAAAUGCCUUUGCUAUCCGCUCUGCAGAUUUACAGCAGACUAGAUCUCGGGACAGGACCUCAGUGCCGGGAGAAGACGAUCGACUGCAUCGUGUUACCGGAAAUCACGAUACGGACGAGCUAUGGUCGAAAGAGGAAUUAAAUUUCUCACCAGAAGCUUCAUAUUCCUUUGAUGACCUCGUCCACUGGACCCGCAGCUACUUUGAAUAUUGGCAUCCGAUAUUCCCGUGCCUGCAUGCUCCGACAAUUCUCAAAGUCAUGGAAACUAUCAGCUGCAAAGGACCCAACUCUGUUAGCAAACUGGAUUUGGUGAUUGUCCGAUCUAUAAUCUCCAUCUCACUCGGAGAUAGACGGCAAAUCACAUCACCCGAGGCAAAACUACGGCCUGUUCCCGCAACUCUUUUGUUUCAAACUGUUCGGCAUAUCAUGCAAGACAUUCCAAGUCUUCUAGUUGAACCAACAACUCUUCCGUUGUUACAGGCUACUUUCAUGGUCCAGCUUGUGCUCACUUCGCUUCUGCGUCUUAAUGCUGCUUCCCGGGUAGGAGGUGUGAUUACAAGAACUGCAUUUCAUCUGGGUCUACACCGGUGUCCGGGGCGGUUUUCCUGCUUCAGAGGCGACGAGGUUGACAUUCGCCGUCGUCUAUUUUGGUGCAUUUAUUCUCUUGAGAGAUACCUUUCUCAAGCCCUGGGAAUCCCCCUCAGCAUUCAUGACGAUGACAUCGACGUUUGUUAUCCAGGAUCUGAAAGACACAUUACUCCCUCCCUGAAUCCUCUCGAUGAUCAGCGCCUGCGGUUACUCUGCUACCUUGCAAAAUUUUCUCGAGUUCGCGGAUUGAUCUUAGAGCUUCGGAACAAGUCCAUUCUUCAUAGUCACCCCGGCACCGUCGAGGCGUCUCAUGUUAAUGGCGAACUAUCUCAAUGGUGGAAUGAGGUAUACGACGAUGUCAACCCUAUAGAAGAUACAACACAUCCCCAGGGGUCGGGAUCGGAAUCGGUCUUGAAACCCUACCACCGACUACUCCUUAUCAUUCUUAGACAUGAAGCAAUAAUCUCUAUGAACCGUCCACUUCUCGCCGCGGAAGAACCUAGUCCGGAUUAUAACAAUGCCCUGCAGACUUGCAUCUCUUCUUCGCGGUCGUUACUCUCAGCAUUGGUGAAAUAUAUGUCUUCUUCGGACGUGCCACUUACAUGGCCAUCAUUUACUUGGGUUGUUUGGAUGGCAUGCCUCAUUCUCAUGUAUGCGUCUUGUGAGGGGAAACUUCCCAUACCUACGGCGCUAAAAUAUGCCAGAAUGGGUAUAUCUGUCCUGAAGAACCUUGCUCUACAUGGAAGCAGCUGGCCCGAUACUUGUAUUGAGGCAAUAAGAAGCAUGGAGUCAGCUUUGAUGAACGUUCCCACCUCCCAUAUUGAACAGCCACAUGAGUCAACUUCCGGCUCGACCGCUUUGACAAACAAUUCAGGAUUGUCGCCCAGUGUAAGAACUUCUUCUCUAUUUGAACAACAAGGUGCGGGUGUAUCUCAAGUCACUUCUUCGAGGGUACACGCAUUUGACACGCCCGUAGCCUCUCCCAUGCAAAGGAGCGAAACCAGGCUCCAUGCGGAUAUGACCACUCAAUGCAACGGAAUAGAACUUCAUGUUGAUGACCUCUAUUCUCAUACACCAAAUUCGGCGUCCUUAAUUUUUGGUAACACAGCAAACAGAAGUGCUCCAUUUUAUCCGGGAAUGCAAGGCCAAGAGUCAUCAUCGUUUGACCCAUCGUCCUUCCUUAUGAAUGAUCUAUGGAGUGUUGCAGACGGACCUUGGAUGAUUGAUGGCAAUUUACUAUAA